CUCUGGCUCGCUUCGCCUCUACUCUCCUUUCCCGACUGACGUUGGACAACAAAGAUGGCUGCAGGAACCAGCAAUUAUUGGGAAGAUCUCAGGAAACAAGCUCGACAGCUGGAAAAUGAACUUGACCUGAAACUAGUUUCCUUCAGUAAACUAUGUACAAGUUACAGUCAUAGCAGUGCCCGAGAUGGAAGACGCGACAGGUAUAGCUCUGACACAACACCCCUUUUAAAUGGAUCAAGCCAAGACAGAAUGUUUGAAACAAUGGCAAUUGAGAUUGAACAGCUUUUGGCAAGGCUUACAGGAGUAAAUGAUAAAAUGGCAGAAUAUACCAACAGUGCAGGUGUCCCAUCUUUGAAUGCAGCACUGAUGCAUACAUUACAGAGACAUAGAGAUAUAUUGCAGGAUUAUACACAUGAAUUCCAUAAAACCAAAGCAAACUUCGUGGCAAUACGGGAAAGGGAGAAUCUCAUGGGAUCAGUACGAAAGGAUAUUGAGUCAUAUAAAAGUGGGUCUGGAGUAAACAACAGAAGAACUGAACUAUUUUUGAAAGAACAUGACCACCUUCGAAACUCAGAUCGUCUGAUAGAAGAGACAAUAAGCAUUGCUAUGGCAACAAAAGAAAAUAUGACUUCCCAGAGAGGAAUGUUGAAGUCGAUUCAGAGCAAAAUGAAUACUUUGGCCAAUCAUUUUCCUGCUGUGAACAGCCUGAUCCAGCGGAUCAAUCUGAGGAAGCGGCGAGACUCCCUCAUCCUGGGCGGUGUCAUUGGCGUCUGUACCAUCCUGUUGCUGCUGUAUGCUUUCCAUUGAUGGAACAUCUCUGGGGACUCUGGACAGCCACCACUUUCCCACCCUGAUCUGGAAUAAGGAAAAGUAGGAAGGAGAAGUUGAUUGUCCUGAUGAUUAGCCUCACCAGCAGGAUUAAUUCACGACUGAUAGCUCUGGACUCUGUCACGUGGUCAGAUUGAGCUGAAGCCACAGUUUUUCUGUGCUCUCUUUUCUAACACACAUUUCCUUCUGUUUUUAGUUUAAAAAAAAAAAGUUUUCAGUUGCUUUUGUCCUCCCAGGAGGUAAGUAAACCAAUCAGAAACAGAGUUUCUGUGCUUCAGUAAUUGUGUUGAAGGCUGAUGACAAGCCAGGUCUUAGAGCUGGACUCCUCAGAAAACCAGGUUUCUCUGUAUCCAAAGACUGCUUUCCUUUUAGCCCCCAGAUUGGGUUGUGAAUAAAAAUAGUUCUUGUCCUUUUAUUUUACACUCAUGUUGAGAAAUCACAAGUCAUUUCUUGAUAAGCUGUGCUAUAAAUUUCUACUCUGCGUCCCUGUUUUGGUAUUCAAGGAAAAUUACAUUUUUCACAGAUUCUUUGAGAUGCCAACAGGUCAACUUCAACACAGUUGAAGUUGUCUGAAACAGAAGACAAACACUGCAAAAAACCUUUUUUUCCCCUUCUUCUUUUUCUAAAUUGUAUGCACACUAGGGUUGACUGUAUUACUGGAAAAGCAUCAAGAAUAACAGGCUUUUUUUGUCAGUCAUUGUUUUGAUUUUUUGUUUAUAUCUUCCAUUGGAUUAAUAUUUCCUACUACAAGUAAAUGAAAUUUCGGUUCUACCAUGAUAAAAGUAACUAAUAGCCAGUGUCUGUCAUUGCCCCCACCAAUUCCUCAUCAUGUCAGGAUUAACCCUGAAUGAGGGGACUGCUCAGUUUUCAGUGAGAUCUGUUCAACAAGCCACAUGUAAAAAGACAUUGAUUUGUGGGGUCACCAUCCAGAUAAUUCCAUUUAUAAAUGCUCCAUGAUCUAGGAGCAAAAGUUUGAGAACUACUGCCUGAUGUAUUAGGAAUUCUGAGUUUUACGAAGACCUAUUUACUCCAAAUCUGUUUUUUCCAAACAUCCAGAGAAUGGUUUUACUGUUGAAGGUGCAUGUGACAGAAUCUCUCUCUGCACCUGUCUUCUGUCAUCUGGACAGUGACAAAAUUUUAAACCACCCACCAGAAUUCUUUUCAGGUUUAACCAUUUCUCCGUUUCUGUAAAUGUAUGACUUGUCUAACUGAACUACCACAAAUAGCUUGAAGACUUCAACAUCUGCACUCCUCACCAAGUAAGAAGGUUGCUCUUCACCAUUGGAAUUGACUCUGGUACUUCCAGUAUUGGCUUCAGACUGUGCCACAGGGAAUAAAAGGAUAUUAGCAUGUAGUUCUUAACUGCAUUACAGUGUGUAGGUGAUGACAUUCAGAUGAACUUAAUACACAGGCUGAUGGCUAUGCUAACCGCUGGUCUGGUACAGAAACUGAGAGGUUUUUCCUUCUGGUGUCUAAGUUUUAUUAUGUCCUGGGUAUGAAAGGCAUUUGAUACCUUUUUUUUUUAACUAUGGGGUUUAUUUUUCUAAAUAUGGGUUGAUCGAUCAGUUACUUGAUUGGGGAUGCCCUUAAAAGAAAGUAAGUUUUCCCAACGUGACCCUUAAAGGAUUAGAGAAGUUCAUUUAUUAAAUUCUCUGUUGGGAGAACAAAACUUGUCUCCCCUGACACUUUCUUAUUAUCUUUGAUUUUUCAAAGGGCCUUGAUUGGUGGUUGUGCCUCAGCUAGAAUUUAUGGGACUUUCGUUGCUGUAUGGUUGGCAUUUAUAAAAUCUGAAGUAUCAUAAAUAAAGUUAUUUAUUUAAUUAUACUACCAGUGUUUUUUACUGGUCUGAUUAUUUGGUACAGUCAUUAAAGCUGAUUGUGUGAGAGUAAACUGAGGACCUGAGCUAAUUUAGCUUGCUGCACUAAGCAAACACAUACUUUUGAUGGGUGAUGAGCCUUUCAGUUAGGGUUAUGCUUAAAUGAAGUAAUAGAAUUAUGUUGGUUAUUUUCUUUAUGAAAAGAAACUAGUUCUUCCAAGGAAGUUGAAAAGGCUUGGUGUAGAUGUUGGUGUCAGGUAGGUCUGUCUGACUAACCGCCCAGGGCUGCAGCCCAUAGUGAAGUGACCCAGGGCGAAUGUAGAUAGCUAGGAGAGGGCUCAUCCUCUCCUCUUACAGUUCCUUCAUUCGCGGAAACAAGCCCUGGAAUAAGGAAAUAGAAGUAUGCCAUUUACAAGAAGAGGAUUUGAAUCCCAUGA